UUGUUCGUAAAUAGCACAGUUUUGAUGAAAAAAUAUUGACGUUAAAAAUAACGAACGAGCCAAAGUGGUUGAGUGCGUGCGGGUUGUCGUCCUUUGAAUCUCCACAUCUCUUUCCCUCCUUCCUCGCAUUUGCCUUACGAAAUUCGAAAGAUUUAACUCUUGACUGUACCUGUCUCAGAUUGCAAAUCUCAAAGAAGCUAGCUUAGCUAUGGCUGUAGUUGCUUCUGCUCCUGGUAAGGUUUUGAUGACUGGGGGUUACCUCAUAUUGGAGAGACCUAAUGCUGGAGUUGUUUUAAGCACAAAUGCUCGUUUCUAUGCCAUUGUUAAACCUCUUUAUGAAGAAAUGAAGCCUGAUAGCUGGGCCUGGGCUUGGACUGAUGUUAGAUUAACAUCUCCCCAACUCUCCAGAGAAAGCAUGUAUAAAUUGUCACUGAAGAAUUUAAUGCUUCAGUGUGUCUCUUCAAGUGAAUCAAGGAACCCUUUUGUGGAGCAAGCGGUACCAUAUGCCAUAGCAGCUGCACAUGCAUUAUUUGACAAAGAUAAGAAGGAUGCCUUACACAAGCUACUCUUGCAAGGCCUUGAUAUCACAAUUUUAGGUUGCAAUGACUUCUAUUCAUACAGAAAUCAGAUUGAAGCACGUGGACUCCCUUUGACACCAGAAUCAUUGGCAGCUCUUCCUCCUUUCACAUCAAUUACCUUCAAUGCAGAAGAAGAAAAUGGACAGAAUUGCAAGCCUGAAGUUGCAAAAACUGGAUUGGGUUCAUCUGCAGCAAUGACCACUGCUGUGGUUGCUGCUCUGCUUCAUUACCUUGGAGUGGUUGAUCUUUCACCCCUGUCUAAAAAUGAGGGAUCUGCUGAUCUUGAUGUGGUGCAUAUUAUUGCUCAAACUGCUCACUGUAUUGCACAAGGGAAAAUUGGAAGUGGUUUUGAUGUCAGUUCUGCAGUUUAUGGAAGUCACCGUUAUGUCCGCUUUUCACCAGAUGUGCUUUCUUCUGCUCAGGAUGCAUUGAAUGGAACACCAUUACAGGAAGUCAUGGCUGCCAUCCUAGAAGGAAAGUGGGACCAUGAGAGGACCAAGUUUUCUUUGCCCCCAUCGAUGAACCUUUUAUUAGGAGAACCAGGGACUGGAGGAUCAUCCACGCCAUCAAUGGUAGGUGCUGUGAAAAGGUGGCAGAAAUCUGACCCUGCAAAGGCCCAAGAAACAUGGAGAAAGUUGUCAGAGGCAAAUUUAAAACUUGAAAUCCAAUUCAAUAUUUUAAGCAAGCUUGCAGAAGAGAAUUGGAAUGCUUACAAAUGUGUAAUAGACAUUUGCAGCAAGCAAAGGUCAGAGAAGUGGAUAGAACAAUCCACCGAACCUAGCCAAGAAGCAGUUGUUAAAGCAUUAUUAGGAGCAAGAAGUGCCAUGGUUGAGAUCAGAAAUCUGAUGCGCCAGAUGGGCGAGGCUGCAGGUGUCCCGAUAGAGCCUGAAUCACAGACUCGACUUUUGGAUGCUACUAUGGACAUGGAAGGAGUUUUGCUGGCAGGAGUUCCUGGAGCAGGUGGAUUCGAUGCUGUCUUUGCUGUGACCUUAGGGGACUCUGGCAGCAACGUCGCCAAAGCUUGGAGUUCUCUAAAUGUUCUGGCCUUGUUAGUCAGAGAAGACCCACAUGGUGUUUCUUUAGAAACUGGUGAUCCAAUAACCAAGGAAAUCACAGCAGCUGUGUCUGCAGUUCAUAUUGAGUGAGCUAGGUCUAUAAUCUUAAUAAUAGAAAAUUUGAUUCAGAAAGAUUUGUAUUAGAUUUUGUGGACUGGUUCAGUUUGAAAAGGGUUGAAAAUGAAAGAAAAUCCUGGUGAACAGUAUCAAAGUUUGCUCAUAAAGAAGAGGAACAGUAUCAAAGUCUGUACCUGCCAUGCCUGCCUUAAGUGAUAUCAAAUAAAGCUGCAUGUGUUUCUUCCA